AUGUUGAAAAGGUUUUCAUUGACCACUUCAUGCCAAGCCUUCCCGUUCCUCGGAAAACGAGUAUUACAAGGAUUGAAUCGGUAUGAUUGGCUGGCUGCGAAAGCAGUAGCUGCUACAUUGUACAUGGUCCAUCCUAUGAGUGUGUUGUACAAUCGAGUGAGCAAGGAGAGGUCUAUGAGUCGAUCAUCAUCUAAAGGCUCGGAGAGGUUGUUGUCGGAUUUCAAUCAAAUACUUUCAAAGGCUAUUCAAGAAGGAAUUCUCACCACUGAAAGCCAUGUACUUUAUAAGAAUACAAGUAUUAAUAUGAAAAGUUGUGCUCAACAAGAGAAAAAUUUUGAAAUUGAAAAAUUCAAGAAAAUGGAAUCUUUGCAAUAUAUUAUUGCUAAAUUUGAGGAUUGGAAAGAAAAAUCAACAUGUCAAUUUCUGGAAAAUUGUACAUUCAGUUUACUUUUUUCAGAGCCAAACACACAAGUGUGGAAAAUGACAAACAAUAACGAACUUUUAGGGUAUUUCACAUUGAAAAAGUCGGAUUAUAUGCCUUCGCAGGACAAAAAGGAAAUUAUAUCGCUGUUUGAUGAAAGUUCGAAACAUUGGGAUACCAUCAUCUCCAUUUCAGGUUAUCAAUCUGUUGUGAAUUGGGUUCAGAAAACUGCUAAAGCUUGGGCAUUAGAGGUGAAAAACAAUCUUUCCUCAUCUCCUUUACAGACAGUGAAUGUUUUAGAUGCAGCUUGUGGAGGAGGUUACACCUCUCGACCUAUUUUCUCCAUCCUCAAUCAUGAAAACGGUUUCACGACAAAUAUCAUGGGUGUAGACAUUUCUUCUGGAAUGUUGCAAGUUGCAUUGCAAAGAUCACCUCAAAUAUUUCAAAUGGGAAUGGCAACACAUGAUCUUGAUGAACCCAUGAAAAUGUUUCCCGAUGAGUGUUUUGAUAUCAUUUCGUGUGUUGGAGCCAUUGAGUUUUUACAAAAUUUCGAAACUGUGACCUUACCAGAGUUUAAGAGACUAUUGAGAAAGCACCAAUAUGCAGAAAUGUGGCUUACUGCUCAAUUUCAAUCUGAUCCUGCCGUGACAAGCAUCGAGAAAGAUAAAGACGGUCACCGUCUUUACAAUCAAACAAUUUUAGAAACACUCCUUGCAAAGCAUGAUUUAAUAAUUGUAGAGAAUAGCGUGGAAAUAAUUGAAAGGGCAUACAAAACAGGUGAGGGUAAAAGAAACAAUGUUGCAGAUACAAUCUCAUUCAUUGCAGCUCGAGUCAGACACAAAUUGUAA